CUGCUUUGUUGUGAGUAAUUUCAGACAGGGCAUAUUUAUACGUAUGCUUCCCUUCACUGGGUAAUUUUCAAUUUUUUGCUUUCAUUUUUGUGUUUUUGCAAUAAAUUAAUUGGUGACUUUUGAUCUUGACUGGUUUACGUUGGUGGUGUCUGUCAUGAGUAUUGUGAAAAAUUCAAAAUACGGGUGGUUUAUUUCACACGAAACUUUAAUAAAAAAUGCAUACAACAACAUUAACUGCUCCCACACAAACUAUCAGCUAAAAUCUAACCUAUUUAACAUAUACACACCCUACAAAACGGCCAAGAACCGAAAAUUCAAACACAGAGAAACUAGCGAUGAAAACACAUUUGAAAGAGAGGUACGUUGCGUGGAGGAAUUAUACUCCUUGUUUUAUGGCGAAAUUAAGCAAGUUUUCACCGGGCACGAGAGUGAGGUUAGGAACGACGAAGCUGUCAACACAGCGACUGAAAUUUACGAAAUUUCGGGGAAAAACCUAAUUACUGAUUUACACGGCUGUAACAACGAAGGCCCCACUAUCAGAACCAUCAAUGACGCCCGGUUUCUAUUCCCUGCUAACUGUACUUUCUACGCUAAAAAUGUCACAGAUAUGGGUCAAUAUCUAGAGGAGAAAAAAUACGAUUUAAUUCUUCUGGACCCCCCAUGGUGGAACAAAUACAUUCGGCGGAAACGCAAACACUCCGAACACGCCUACGACAUGAUGUUUAACCACGACUUAAAGAACCUCCCCCUGGAAAACCACUUGAAACCCGAUGGUUUAGUUGCAGUUUGGUGCACGAACUCCAUGCAACAUUUAACAGCACUGCGCGACGAGAUUUUCCCCAAAUGGGGUGUUAAAUUCGUGUCGAAAUGGUAUUGGGUCAAAGUGACAAAAUCGGGGGUUCCCAUUUGUCAAUUCUCGCAACCCCCACGUAAGCAACCCUUUGAACAAAUCAUUUUCGCAGCCGCUGAUUCGCGCAGUUUGCCGAACCCACCCGAUGGUAAACUAGUAGCAAGUGUUCCGAGUGCGCUGCACUCACACAAGCCCCCAUUGUGUCAAUUGUUGCAAGAUUUUUUGCCCCCGGGUCCCAAUUGUUUGGAAGUUUUCGCUCGUUAUUUGCUUCCGGAUUGGACGAGUUACGGGAGGGAGGUUUUGCGGUUACAGCAUGAAAGUCUGUACGAGAUAAGUGAGUAAUAAUUUAUUUAAUGAUGUCCGUUUGUUAUUUUUGACUGGGUGCGGUAUCCGGUCGGGUUCAUCGUUUGCCACCGCCAGAAAUCGGCACCUGUAAGUGGGCACAUAAUCCAAAAAAUAUAAAUAAAGUGAUCACUUACA